GCAAAGCACAACCAAGUUCAUUCAAGUUGAAAACAAGAAUUUACAAAUUGAGAGGUGUCAAAUUUAAGCUUUUACUACUUUCAGACUCACUACUCCCUCUCUCCCUACCUCAAACCAAUCCAGGACUUUGUUUCGAAUACAAACUACAAAGAGGAUAAGCGAAGACAUACAACCAGAGAGAGAGAGAGAGAGAGAGAGAGAGAGAGAGAGAGAAUGCCUGGGAGUUUAGAGCCUUUGGACUUGGGGGUUCAGAUUCCUUAUCAUUUCAUGUGUCCGAUCUCGCUCGAGCUCAUGCGUGACCCGGUGACCCUCCACACUGGUCAGACAUACAACCGAGCCAGCAUCGAGUCUUGGGUCGCCACUGGUAACACCAUGUGCCCCGUCACCAGGACCCUACACUCCGACUUCACUCUAGUCCCGAACAGCACACUUCGUCGCUUCAUACAAGAUUGGUGCGUUGCCAACCGUUCUCUCGGUAUUGAGCGGAUCCCCACUCCCAAGCAACCCGCCAACACCAAUCCGGUACGUUCGCUGCUGAUCCAGGCCUCUUCCGAGUCGAACUGCGCCCAUUCCUGCCUCUCCGCACUUCGUCGACUCAAAAGACUCGCCCAUGACUCGGACAAGAAUAACUCCGUCUUUUCCUCGCUCAACGCAAGCAAAGUCCUCACCAACAUCGUCUUCUCCAGCAUAGGUUCCGAGUUCCCAGAGUUAAACCACGAGGCACUUGCACUCCUCGUAAUAUUCCCUCUCACAGACUCGGAGUGCACCUUGGUAGCCUCGGAUGGGGUCCGUGUUGCCUUCCUAUCACACCUACUUCGCCAUUCUUCGAUCAAAGUCCGAGUCAACUUGGCUGCACUCAUCGAAAUCGUCGUGUUUGGAACUCGUUUCUCGGAACUCCGAGCUCAAUACUUACAUCAUACCCAAGGACAUAUUGUAUUAAAGUCAAACCAACAAAACGUCCCAACAUGGGACCCAUCAUAAAAA